UAUUGUAAAUAUAUAAUAUAUAUAUGAAUAUAUUGUGUAUAAAUAUUUAAAAUGUGACGUGAGCUCAAAGUGCAACGCUACAGUUAGCUUACCAAAGGAUUGUGUUAAAAAAUAACAGUGGAUAAAUGGCUUAAGACUAUUUAUACCACACCAGGUACAGAAAGCCACAAAUGCAAAAAUUCUAUCAUGUAGAAAUCUAUUGUUAAUUUCUUCAUGUUAAAUUAAGAAAAACAUUACUUAUUAUAUAAUUACUUAGUCAUUAUUUCAGCUUGACUCUUGCAGAACUGAUCUGAUCAGUUUUGCAUGACUAUUCCUUCUGAUCGUUUCCAUAGCAACGAUCAGAAGAGCAAGACUUUGCUAAAUACAAAAGUCCAGUGAGCUCACUGAUGAGGUCAUAGAUGACAUAAUGUAUAUCACAAUAGAUCAAAGAAGUUCUAAACCUUGCACGAUUUGCACGCCAACAUUGAGGACACAAAGUUCCAAUAGAAACCAGAAUCUGCAGCACCCAACAUGAGGAGGCGUUCCAGCAAAAUCCAGUCUCGGAGCCAAAGACGGGACAACUUGCUUGACUCGCCCAAUGGAUCAGACAUAGAAUGCAGGAACGGCGAUAUGAUGAAAAUGUGGUUAUUGCUGAGACAGCUAGAAGAGCUGAGGGAACCUGAGCUAGAAGAGCAGAUGGAAGCCCAGGCUGGUCCUGGAUCAUUUCUGGCAGAUCUCCAAGAAGAGCCAAAGACUGAUUUGAAUGAAACGAAAAAGCUUCUAGAAAUCUCUUUGUUAGAAAAUCUCUUCUUACAGGAGGAGUUGAAGAAACUGAGAGAUGACUCCGACAUAAAUUCAAUUAAACAGAAACUGGAGGAAGAACGAUGCAAAUGCAUUGAGUUGGAACAGAAGGUCAAUGAUGCCAUAAAAUUAGGAGUUGAGGAUUCUCCAUCACAGUCACCAAAACCACCAUCCUCUCAACCAACAGAAAAACAUAAAGAGCCUCUUUGCAACAGCUUUCUGGAAUGGCUUUACAAUCGUUUUGCAGUUGAUAUCGAAGACUUUGGCUUCCAGCCAGAGACAAUUGUGGAAACAGAGGAGCCACUAAGGGCUAGGAGGUUGGCUGAAAAUAUGAGACGCCUCAAAAGAGAUGUCAGACCUGUGACAGACUUCAUGGAUAACCUGUCUGCCUUAACCAGCUGGUACUCUGGGUCCACGUCUGCCAUUGCCUUCGUUGUGUACAUGUGUGCAGCGUGGCAUGGGUGGAUCAUCUCGAUAUUCCUGUUCCACGCAAUUGUCCGCCUUACCUUCAAUUAUCUCAUUUUUAGAGGCUGGAUAAUCGUACCUGAAGUGUGUGAGCCAUUGGAACCCCCAAAGGAGAACUUGACUAUAUCUGAGAAGUGCCAGUUGUUUUUUGAUGUUGCUCAGAAAGCUCAGAAUCUUAUUGGAAAGAUUGCCGACAUCCUGGAGAAGAUAAAAAAUCUGUUCAUGUGGAUCCAGCCAGAAUUGACUCUAAAGCUCUACCUGGCGCUGUGGGUGAUUUUUAUCUCCUCAUGCCUGUUACCUUGCCAAGUGCUGGGCUUCAUCACAGCUGCUUAUGUAGGUUUCAAGUUCUUCAUAUUUGACGUCAUCUUCAAAAGUUUCCCCGAGCUACAACAGCGCUUUGACACCUCCUUCAUCAUCUGGACCAACUUACCCACUGACCUGCAGCUGAAGGAAAGCAGCAACACUACCCGCAGCAGACAGGUUGCCACAACAGAGACCCAAGAGAGCGUUUGUCUUCAUGUGGUCUGAAAGUUCUCCAAGUGCAUUUCUCCAAGUGCACAUUUCCAAGUUAAGGGUACUCCGGCUUCCUUCCAGAGUCCAAAAAGAUGUCUGUUGGUUUAUUUGGCUUUUCUAAUUUACCUUUGCCCUAUGUUUUCUCUUUUGCUUAAAGUAGUUUAGGCCAACACUACUUUUAGCAAAUGUCAGACACACAUUUUUCUGAUUAAAUUUCAUAAAUAUCAAAAAGUAGUGUCAGGUUUCUCUCCGGGCACUCCGACUUCCUGCCACAGUCUGAAAUCACGACUGUUUAGUUAAUUGGUCUCUAAAUUCUGUUAGUGUGAUUAAAACAUUUCGUUGUUUUGAAUAAAACCUUUGCCUGGGUCUGAAUCCCUGCCUGGGUUCUUCUGUGUUCAUAGGGUUUGCAUGUUCUCCAAGUACAUUGGUGGGUUCUCUCCGGCUUCUUGGGCUUCCUCCCAGAGUUCAAAAAGAUUAAUGUUAGUUUAAUUGCCUUUUCUGGUUGACCUUAGCCCCGUGUCUUUUUCCCUCUCUUUUGCUUAUAGUUUUGGCCACUUUAA